GAGCAGCGAGCAACCACGUGACCCGUGUUUACAUCCACAGCUCAGCUGCUCUCUCGCGCUCCUGCUCUUCGGCCAAAGUGGCUCUCGUUACUUGGCGCGAGCACCGACCGCCGGAGCGGCUCUGCGCACUUGUCACACUCGGCUGAACACGAACGGCUCCAGGUGUGUGCGUCGACAGAGGAGCGGGGGAGCCAGAGCCAGCCAUUGUCCUCUCGAUGCCAACACUGACUCCUUGUUCCUGAGGUCCAGUCCCGCUGUCAGGUCCUCUCCUCUCUCCACCAUGGGGGGAGCAGUGAGCGUCGGGGAGGACAACGACGACCUCAUUGAUAAACUGAAGGAGGCCCAUUACAUCCGCUCCCAGACGGUGGAACAGGCUUUUCGGGCCAUUGAUCGAGCAGACUAUUACGUGGAGGGCUACAAGGAGAACGCUUACAAAGACAUGGCGUGGAAGCACGGCCACAUCCACCUCUCUGCACCGUGCAUCUACUCUGAAGUGAUGGAGGCCCUUCAGCUGCAGCCUGGACUUUCCUUUCUCAACCUGGGCAGCGGCACCGGCUACCUGAGCACCAUGGUGGGUCUCAUCAUCGGCCCGUGUGGCGUGAACCACGGCGUGGAGCUCCACCAGGAGGUGGUGGACUACGCUCGCGACAGGCUGGAUGACUUCAUCAGGAAGAGCGAGAGCUUUGACAAGUUUGAGUUCUGUGAGCCGGUGUUUGUGGUGGGAAACUGCCUGGAGAUCUCCACGGACAGCCACCAGUACGACCGAGUUUACUGCGGUGCUGGAGUGAAGAAGUUUCAGGAGCAUUACAUGAAAGUGCUGCUGAAAGUGGGAGGCGUCCUGGUGAUGCCCCUGGAGGACCAGCUGACCCAGAUCACCAGGACCGGCCAGUCCACAUGGGAGAAGAAAAACAUCCUGGAGGUGUCCUUCGCACCGCUGGUCCAGCAGAACAAGGCCGAGGGGCAGAAGUCUGAGGUGGUCUACCUGCCCCCCGUGGCCGUGCGCAGCCUGCAGGAUCUGUCCCGCCUCUGCAUUCGCCGCACCUUGCGGAAUUUGGCCGGCGGCGAGGGUCAGGAGAAGGAAGUGGUUGAGAGAGUCCCGCAGAAGCGCAAGCGAGGGAACUGCAGGCAGCGCUGCAUCAACAGCUACGGCUUGGUGGAGAACCAGUUCAUCAGACAAGUGGUGGACUGUGAGGAGGCGGAGGCCAGCGAGGAGCAGCUGAAGAAGGGGGAAGACGUGGACGUGGAGGAGGAGGAGGAGGAGGACAGAGACAUUAGUGAGGUGAAGAUCAUCAAGCAAGUCAACAUGUUGAGGGACCAGAUCAUGUCCUUGCCCCUGCCGCUCUCGCUGCAAGCCUACCUGCUGCACUACCGGGAGAAAUGACGGCGCGGCCCGAGCCAGGGCGCCACCCCUCUUUAGUGCUCGUGUAGCAGCCGCCACAGUUGCUAUUGAAUUCGUUUGGAAACUGUAACGGUGAUGCUCUUUGUCUCCUUCACACCAAGCACUUCCCAGAAAACACCCAGUAAUAAAGCACCUUUCAUGUCCUCGUCACCUCCGCGGUGAGGUGGGUCCUCCUGGCGUCUGCCCGUCAUCUGGCAGUUGAACUUCAGCCCUCACCGAUGCCUUGGACCAGGGCCACUCUGGAUGGUCACUUCUGGGCCGCCGUCCUCGCCGCGCUUCACGGUGCACGGGACCGGCGCUCGCCACACCAGGCCGACCUCUUGGCUGUUGCCUUGGCGCUCACGUGUGAAGACCUUCAUCACUAUCCUGCAUGUGGAGCCAGAGUGAGAGUGGUGGUGCGCAGCACGGUGGAGCACGCCACUGCAGCGGGAGGGAGCCUCCUGGGGUGGACCUCCUCGCAUGCUGCUGUUCCUGCUGACCCACCUCCGUCCUCCCUUUUCCUGGAGACACUUUUUACUGUCAACAUCAACAGAAAAGAGAGAGACUUUGUCCGGAGAGAUUUGCUGAUCCAACAUUUUUCUGAGAAACUAUCUGAUGGCCUUGAGACCAACCUUGUGGUUACACAGGAAUCAAAGGCAAGCUCUUCCGUAGCAGCAGAGUUGGGAGGAGAAGCCCGUGUGGUGUGUCCAAACAUUCCACCGUCGACGGUGCACAGGGCAGAAAUAAGACCAGUUGAACUGCACCAGCUUUUUCACCCGCUGAUUCUGAGCGCACUUUGGUUUGCUGUGACCUUCUGCUGUACGGUUCCCCACACUGCUGUUCAUCAGUCACACACAAGCACUGUACAUUGCUGCGCGGCUCUGUUUGGGAGCCCAUCUGUUUUGAGUUGUUGUGACUCUGCACACUGUGAGUGAAGAGCUGGUGUACGCUUCCACGCGCUUCUCACGCUGUCGUCUCUAAACUGAGUUGGGAAAGCAAGGAGGUCCAACAUAGUCCUGGCUCUCAGCUGCUGCUCCUGUGACUCCUCUGAGGUCACGUCAGAAGCCUCUUCUGAACCCAGCAGGGAAGGUGCGGUGUCUUUCUGGCCACUAGAGGCGUCUGGUUUCUUCCAGUGUGUUCCUCAUCUUUGCAUAUGUUUCCAGUGUGUUUGGCACAAGAUUAAAGGUCACAAGCACAUGUCACCUGGUGUCAACUUUCUGUCGGUGAAUGACCCGGAGACCUUUGCGUACCACUUUACUUCCACUGUCAUGACGAUGAGAAGUCGGUGAAAAGUUGCCCAGCUAGUGAGGGCAAGAGGGGGAACACGUGGGGUGGGGGGAGGGAGGGACACAAGCAGGCUGACGACCGAGCUUUUAACCAGUUCACUUUGGUGCAUGUGUGUGGAGAGUGGGAGGAAACCAGAGUGUCCAGAGACCCCACACAAUCAUGGCGCGAACAUCCAAACUCAACUGUAAAGAGGAUUUUCUGUCACCCCUUUGGGCCGCCAGACGCUCGCCUCUAACCCAUGAGCCAGGUGUGGUGGCAGUAGUGAGUCAGUGAACUGACCUGACCGCUGCUCAUCUGUGAGAGUCACCAACUAUGGAGGAGUUC